GUUUGAAGCUGUCCUGCACUGGGACAGACCCGGUGUUUGAGAGAGGGGGAGCAGCUGCAACACAACUCCUGCUGCUGCUGCUGUUUGGAUGCAACUUUUUUCCUCUCCACUUUUUCUGAGCAAUGAACGCAUCAUAGAGACGACAGACAGAAAAGAGGAGCUCUGCUGGAGGAGAUCCAAGAGAGAAAAAGCUGAAUUCUUCUUUUUGUUUGUCUCUGUGCUGAGAUACUUCUGCUGUGGGCUGAAGAGGGGGAGAAUCAGAGGAUGGCAGAGCUCAGGAGGAGAUAAGCAGAGGAGGUUUGUGUGAGGAACCAGAGAGCUACACAACUCUUUUGUCCUGAGCUGCACACUUGGACUGGAGCUGACAAUGAAGAUGAGCCUGGAAUGCAGAUGGAUCGGUCAAGACAAGUUUCCAAUAUAGAGCUUCGUGUUUGGAGUUACACCUGAGCCUGACUGUGUCUGAUGGAUUACAGUGUUUUCUUCGAGCUGCUGACAUGAAUCCAGAGGCCACUGAGAUGUGGAAGUGCUCGCCUUCAGGAGAAAUCUGAGACCCGGAUGAGCCUUGUAGCUUUUAAAGUGAAGGAGUAGAACCAUGGACUUGUUAUGGUGUCACAUCAGACUGAUCCCGUGCUGUUAACCUGCCUGUAGCGCCCUCUGCCCCCACCCCAUGUCACAUCUUUCCCUGAAUUAUGGAAAUUUUGUGGAAGACGCUGACUUGGACACUGAGCCUGGUGGUGAUGACUGCUUCCGAAUUUCAGAGCAUCAACAGACUUUCGCACAACUCUCAAGAGGAGUUCCUGUCCUACCUGCAGCACUACCAGCUGACUGUCCCGGUGCGGGUGGAUGAGAACGGAGACUUCCUGAGCUACACUGUGAAGCACCACCGGCCAGGCCGACGGAGACGGGGUGCGGUGGACCCCAUGAUGGGACCCCAGCCAACGUUAGACCCUCCAGAGCCCCGGCUGUUCUACAGACUAUCAGCCUACGGAAAGCACUUUCAGUUAAACCUGACUCUCAGCCCCCACCUGGUGUCCAAACAUUUCACAGUGGAGUACUGGGGCAAAGAGGGGCUGGAGUGGCGCCAUAACAUGGUAGAUAACUGUCACUAUGUGGGAUUCUUGCAAAAUCAGCACAGCACGACCCGAGUCGCACUCAGCAACUGCAAGGGCCUGCAUGGUGUUAUAACAACAGAGGAAGAACAGUAUCUAAUAGAGCCUUUAAAGAACAUAUCCUCCGCCACCUCCCGUGAAUGGAACCUGGAAGAAGCACAGCAACAUGUUAUUUAUAAAAUGUCUGCCAUUCCCUCACCACAAGAGCAUAGCCAGGAGUUCAGCUGUGGCAUUUCAGACCUGAUUAAAAGCCGUGCACCUUGCCAGUUUAGCACACCUUCCCCUGUCCACUCGUCCUCUGUUCCUGAAAACGACAUCCAGCAGUCGAACAGCACCCACAGACAGAGACGCUCCGUCAGCACCGAGCGCUUCGUCGAAACGCUUGUGGUCGCUGAUAAAAUGAUGGUCGGCUACCACGGACGCAAAGACAUCGAGCACUACAUCUUGUCUGUAAUGAAUAUUGUUGCCAAACUUUACCGUGAUGCCAGUCUAGGAAAUGUUGUGAACAUUAUUGUGACCCGGCUAAUUGUUCUGACUGAAGAUCAGCCAAACCUGGAAAUUAAUCACCAUGCUGACAAGUCUCUGGACAGUUUCUGUAAGUGGCAGAAGUCCAUCCUGUCUCAUCAUAGCGAUGGAAACAGUAUUCCAGAGAAUGGGAUGGCUCACCAUGACAAUGCCGUCCUAAUCACCCGAUAUGACAUCUGCACCUACAAGAACAAACCCUGUGGUACUUUAGGUUUGGCCUCAGUGGCUGGAAUGUGUGAGCCGGAGAGAAGCUGCAGCAUCAAUGAAGACAUCGGGCUCGGUUCUGCUUUCACCAUUGCCCACGAGAUCGGCCACAAUUUUGGGAUGAACCACGAUGGGAUUGGGAAUUCCUGCGGCACCAAAGGCCACGAGACAGCCAAGCUGAUGGCCGCUCAUAUAACAGCCAACACCAACCCUUUCUCCUGGUCUGCCUGCAGCAAAGACUACAUCACCAGCUUUCUCGACUCAGGUCGGGGGACGUGUCUGGACAAUGAACCUCUGAAACGAGACUUCCUGUACCCAACAGUGGCCCCGGGGCAGGUGUACGAUGCAGAUGAGCAGUGCCGCUUCCAGUACGGAGCCUCCUCACGCCAGUGCAAGUAUGGGGAAGUGUGUAGAGAGCUCUGGUGCCUUAGCAAAAGCAACCGCUGUGUAACUAACAGUAUCCCUGCUGCAGAGGGGACUCUGUGCCAGACAGGCAGCAUCGAGAAGGGGUGGUGCUACCAGGGGGAGUGUGUGGUGUUCGGUACCUGGCCUCAGAGCGUGGACGGAGGCUGGGGGCCGUGGUCGCUGUGGGGGGAGUGCAGCAGGACCUGUGGGGGAGGUGUAUCUUCCUCCAUGAGGCACUGUGACAGCCCAGCCCCGUCUGGAGGAGGCAAGUACUGUCUCGGAGAGAGAAAACGAUACAGAUCCUGUAACACAGAUGCAUGUCCUGCAGGAUCUCGUGAUUUCCGAGAGAAGCAGUGCGCUGAUUUCGACAGCAUGCCUUUCCGUGGGAAGUACUACAACUGGAAGCCUUACACUGGUGGUGGUGUGAAGCCCUGUGCUCUGAACUGCCUGGCAGAGGGUUAUAACUUCUACACAGAGCGUUCACCAGCAGUCAUCGAUGGCACCCGCUGUCAGGCAGACUCUCUGGACAUUUGCAUCAAUGGAGAGUGUAAGCAUGUGGGCUGCGAUAACAUCCUGGGCUCUGAUGCUAAAGAGGAUCGAUGCCGUGUGUGUGGAGGAGAUGGCAGCACCUGCGAGGCCACCGAGGGACUCUUCAAUGAUUCCCUGCCCAGAGGAGGCUACAUGGAGGUGGUUCAAAUCCCAAAAGGAUCAGUUCACAUUGAGAUUAAAGAAAUUGCCAUGUCAAAGAAUUACAUUGCAUUGAAAUCCGAGGGGAAUGAUUAUUAUAUUAACGGAGCGUGGACCAUCGACUGGCCCAGAAAGUUUGACAUCGCAGGAACGGCCUUCCACUACAGGAGACCCUCGGAUGAACCGGAGUCUUUAGAGGCACUGGGGGCCACCACCGAAAACCUGUUUGUCAUGGUCCUACUGCAGGAGCAGAACCUUGGAAUACGCUACAAGUUCAACGUGCCCAUCCAGCGCACAGGCAGCGGUGACAACGAGGUGGGCUUCUCCUGGCACCACCUGCCCUGGUCUGAAUGCUCAGCUACCUGCGCUGGAGGCUCUCAGAAACAGGAGGUGGUGUGCAAGAGGCUGGACGACAACUCGGUGGUGCAGAACAGCUACUGUGACCCAGACGGCAAACCUCCAGAGAACCAGAGAGACUGCAACACUGAGCCGUGUCCCCCAGAGUGGUUUAUUGGCGACUGGUCAGAAUGUGGGAAGACGUGUGAUGGCGGUAUAAGGAUGAGGACGGUCCUGUGCAUCAGGAAGAUCGGCCCUGCUGAGGAGGAGACACUGGAGGACACCCACUGUCUGACUCACCGGCCCAUCGAAAGAGAGUCCUGCAACAAUCAGUCCUGCCCGCCAAAGUGGGUCACUCUGGACUGGUCUGAGUGCACGCCAAAAUGUGGCCCCGGCUUCAAACACCGCAUCGCCUUGUGUAAGAGUAGCGACCUGACCAAGACCUUCCCGCCCGCCCACUGCCCGAGCCACAACAAACCUCCAGUCCGAAUCCGCUGCAGUUUAGGACGCUGCCCUCCUCCUCGCUGGAUCCCUGGAGAAUGGGGACAGUGUUCAGCUCAGUGUGGCCUUGGCCAGCAGAUGAGGACGGUGCAGUGUUUGUCGUACACCGGACAGCCUUCUAAUGAGUGUGCAGAGUCCCUCCGACCAACCACCAUGCAGCAGUGCGAGAGCAAGUGCGACGCCACCCCGAUCUCCAACAGCGACGAAUGCAAAGAUGUCAACAAAGUGGCUUACUGCCCAUUGGUGCUGAAGUUCAAAUUCUGCAGCCGAGCGUACUUCAGACAGAUGUGCUGCAAGACUUGCCAGGGGCACUGACCCUCGGAGCACGAGACGUAGCAACAGAAAAGCUUGGACACAAAGGCAAAAAGGAUGGAGGAAAACGGCACUGAGAUGGACAAGAAGAAAACAGGGCAACAUCCCCAUCUCUGGACCAGUGGGAGAAAGAUAGAAAGAGCUGCGCUGCAGAAAGAGGGGGAAAGAAGUAUGGAUUUUCCUGUUGAUCACACCGAUCCUCCUGCCCUCCAUCAUGGUGGAAUCCAAACCACUGCUCAGCACACAACGCUGACAAACGCUUUUUUUUUUUUUUUUUUUUUUUUUUAUUUUCACUUCUGUGAAGUGGAAGAUUAUUUGUUGGUGAUGUUAUUUUUAUUAUAAUAAUAAUUAUUGAUAUCAUUGUUAGUCUUCCUCCGUGUUUAAUGAAUCCAAAGUGCUGGACACAUCGCUCACAGAGGAUGUACCUGGAGAUUGGAGGAUGGGGACUGGAGGCUCCGGCUCCUGUCUGUGGGACGACUGUGAUGGUGCUAUUGGCAGGCAGACUUUUGGCUUUGGUGCACUUUUUUGUGUAAAUACUUUUGCCAAUUUUACCGCUCAAAUACGACAGAGAAAGCCCAUCAGUGUACUGUAUAUUUAUUGUACAAUUCUAAACAGAGCUGAGAUAUUGUCCUCUGUCAUGUUUUUGUCAGAUAGUAGCCUACUGUCAUGGAAGGGAAUGUAAUGUGAUUGAAUUCAUAUGCAACGUGCUGGAAUGAGAAUAUUACAUACUGUAACGUACAUUAAACUCUUAUAUACUGUAAGGAUUUGUAUAUUAUAUAUGAUGUUAAUCCAGGACCAGGAACUACCACACGGAUAGAGGAGGAUUUUUAAAUUUUCUUUCCCCAGACUGGUGCCUUCAGUCAUGUAAAAGUUACCCUAGUGUCCUAGGCCUAGCUGGCCAUCACUAAACAUCCAGUUGAGGAGUUUUCAGUUCACUAUUGAAGGAUUCAUUUUGAAGGAGCAUUUUCUAUGAAGCAGCCUGUCUAUUGGAGUCACAGUGCAGUCACUAUUUCUCACUCUUCUCUGUCAAGAGUUGGUCAAAUGUCAUGUUUUUUGUAUUAUAGCUGCAAGAGUGGAAGGAACAGUUCAACAUUUUAGGAAAUGUCCUUAUUUGCCUUCUUGUCAAGAAUUAAAUGUGGAGAUUAAGAGCAGAAUAGUAGAAUAGAGCCAGGAGAGGAUUAGCUUAGCUUAGCAUAAAGACUGGAGAUGGAGGGAAACUGCUAGCAGGGCUCUGGCUGAAGGUAAUAAGAUUCAACUUACCAUCAGCACCUCUAAAACUCCUUCAGUUAUAUAAUUUCUACAAAAUCAGAGUUUAAAAAGUCCAAUAACUGCGCUACCAUUCAAAUCCAUUUUAGUACAAGGGCAAUAAGUCUGCCAUCAUCAAACAAAUGUGAAUGAGUCAGAAGCCAUUCAAUUCAUUUUCCAUUUCCAGGAAAAAUGCCUCAGUAGCACUCAUCUUGUAUCAAACCUGCCUAAUAUUAGAUAAAUGGUUUUGAUUGGCUCAGCUUAUUCAAGGCCAGAUGGAAAUCUGUUUGAACGGUUGGGGAGGCGACAUAUUCUGCCCAGUCAAGACUGAGCUGUCGUGUUGUUUUGGUUCCAAGGCUAGUGAGCAAUGAUAGCUUUGUAACAUUUUUGAAGAUUCUGUCUUCCAUUCAGCACUGAGGUUUUGUAGCAGUUAGAAAACAAUUGGUUUUGUUUCCAACUUCUUCUCCUCUGUUUAUCACUGUCAUGUAGCCUACAGCGCCACCUUCUGAUGACACCACACAGCCUAGUUUUGUCACUCCAAAGCAGUUAAAGAACCGAGUCAUACUCCCAUUAUGUUUUGUUUCUUGGCUUUGUUUUGCUUUUUGGCACAUUUCAAAAGUUUGUGUCAAAUUUGCAAAAAAAUGACAUGGAAGCAUGAGUAAUGAUGUGCUCGACUACUUCUCAGCCUGGAUUCUCUGUCGAUUACCUGACUCUGGGACUUCACUGUGUCCGGCUAAUAGAUGUAUUGAGGAGAUCUGAUACCAAGUUUAAAGUACCAGACAGCCAUUCAUUCCUAUGAAAGAUGUUCAUUGGGCACAUAUAACCAUUGAGCAUUAGCAGGACUAGAGUCUCCAGCUGAGUCAAUAGAGAGCAUAUGUGUCCAAGACUUGUACUGGUCAAGCUAGUUGAAUUGUUGUUUGCUCUCUAAAAUAAUUUAAAUAUAUUUCUUACUAGACUAUUUAAAACUUACUGGACCAAAUGGACAAAUUCUGAUUACAAAAAGAGACAUUUUGGGGAGGGGGUUGUAAUGCUCAGAAAAAUGUGUGCUUUGUUUCAAAGCUGCUGCUUAUCAAUCCAGUGAGUCAUGCAGAAGUUGCAAUACCCUGUUCAGCCACUCUGAAAAACUUGCUUUGUUCCUGGUAGUGUGUUUUAGCUGAGAAAUAGUCCAACGCUCAACCUCCUUCCAAAACAUUAAUUUUUUUAAAAAUGAAUUAAACUAACAAGAUUACAGUAGUUAAUUAGUGGGAUUUAAAGUUGCUGCCAGGCUUGUUUCCACUGUUUACUGUAAUCUAACAUCUCUGUUAUAGAUAUUAGAUUAGUCACAGGAAGGUUAAAGAAAGCAUAUUUCUCAAAAUGUUGAGCUGUUCCUGCUAAAUAUACACUACGUAUCCGGGCUUCACACACCCUCCCUCAGAUAAAGUUACCCUCUCGUCCUCUUUCCCUUCCCUCCCAUCAUCUUCACUGAAAAGAACAAAAACAGCCAACUCAAUGGUGCUUCCCCUCCUCUUCUAUUGUAUUUUUUUUUUAUUUCCAUGGAGUACUGUGUUUACCUCUUCUUUUCCUCCCACUGUGCUCCGAGGGUUACGGCCUUCCCAGGCUUCUGGUGCUAUCAAGUGGGUGCUUUCAUUCAAACCCUCGCCAGUGUGCUUAAAAGUGAGGCUGGAUCCAAACAAUAUGAAAUAAUAUAUGUGUCAAUAUCUCCGUUGGUAAAAUGCUGGUCAUGUUAUUGUUUUUGUUUGUAUCUGUUUAUACCUCACACUGGGAAUUUGCAUUGUUAACCGUGUAUUGUUGUAUGUGCGACCAACAAAAUGGACACUCGCCCAGUCAUCGCUGAUCCCUUCCUGCUGGGGCUGUGAAAGGGAACACCUAUGAAACGUCUCCAUCACACACCUGUUAUGGGGAGAAACCUGAGAGACAGUGUAGGAGUGUGAGAGGAUCUCAUCGAAGCUGUUAACAACGAAAUAUUGCUGCUGCUACUUUUUUGUUGCCAUCUUCAGGAUGACAGAUUUUAUUGGUUAAAGAGGCAGAGCAGACAGUGGACACCAAGAAGCAUUUCAAAUUCAAAGUGCUUGGACUGACUCUCUGUUGGCCAUGGGAUAAAGGAGCCUCCAGAAAAAGAGAAGUGAACUCAAUCAAACUGGUACUCAUUGCUGUGAACUUGGAUGUUUGAAUGUCACAUUGCUUGUACCUGUACCUAAAGUGCAAGAGAAAAUGAGAGGCAUCAUGUGAUUAGUAUAUUUUAUAUUCAGUAUUAAUGUUGGUACACUGUUACUAAUUUUUUUUCAAAUGUAAAUUAUAUGCUAAUUUAUUGCGUUGUCUCACUUGUACAUUUAUUUCACUGCAUGCAAAUUGAAAUUUAGCAUAGUGAAAAAAUGCAGUGAUACAGCCCUUCACCAACAUUUUUUUAAAAAAGUAGAUACAAUAAAAAGAGCAGCUUUUAAAGAGA